AUGAAUGACGAUCAAAAGCCCCAAACCUCUGUCGAUCUGCCGGGAGACGACAGGACGGUGACCUCCAGCCAUGUCCCCUCGAAUGAGUACCUUAUCGUGGAGCCUGAUGCCGAAGACCCCAGCAAGAACUGCUGGCACCUGCCAGAACAGCAACCGAAUCUUGCCACCAUUGCUCUCGAUUCUUACAGGCCUCGUUCUCCAGGAGGCAUCAAGACCCUAGUCUGUAAGAAUGGGGCUCGCCCGAGCAACCUGGAAAUCCCGACUGGACUCCGGGAAAGCAUUGAAACAAUCGUCUUGGAAAACGGCCACGUCGAACACCUCGACACCCUCGCAUUUCCCAACCUGUGGGAGAUUGUCUGCAAGAACGACGUCGUCGUCUAUCCCGCCACUAACCUGGACCGUGCUGGGUGUGACCUCACUGACCGGUUUGAGAUGGAGGAGAUCAUCUAUCGACAACGACCCGAAAUACACCGUCAAAUCAGGCCUCAGCUACCAAGAUGGAUGCAAGCCUUCCUCGUCGACGGUAACGAAAAUAUUGAGCUUUCGAUCCGCAUCUCACUGGACUUCCGCACCCGUGAGGAGGAGUGUGCUGCCAUCCACUAUUAUUGGGAUGGAAAUCAACUCCAGCAAGUGCAACGACCUCCCUGGUUCACUCCGGUGUGCAUCCUCUAUUCCUGGAGAGCAGGCCAUUCCUAUUGGGCACUUCAAUCGCUCAAAGUCGUCGAUCUGAUGUUCGAGGAAGAGAGCAACAGCGGACAUCCCGAGUGA